AUGUUCGAAUUUUAUAUCUCUUUUUUUUUUCAGAUAAAACUGAGCGAAAACUUAAAAUCUAUCGACAACAAAAAUGUCGAAAUCGUUGUCGCCUCUUGCGAGAAUUGUCAAUGCGCCAAUGACGUUAAGAUCUCAACAUCGGCAUUUUCGAACGGGAACGCCGGAACAGCUCAGAGUUCUGUCAGUUUCAUAUCGCUUGGCGAAUUGACAUCCCGUAUUCGAAACUACUUUCAUUACGAGAACAACAAGAGAAUUUACGACUGGUCACUUUGGGCCAUCAUCGUUGCCGGCUUCACAACGGUCGGUAUAAUCGUCACGCUAAUUUUGUUUUUCUAUUUGCUAAUAGCUUAUCCAAUCAGAGGCGGGACAACGCCCCUUGGUUUCAUCUUUAUUAUUGGUAUAAUGGGGAUUUAUGGCGUGAAUUUUGCAUUCUUCGUCCCAGCUUCAUUGGUUACUUGUGCAGCACGGAGGUUCUGCAUGGGCGUAGUCUAUGCCAUCUGUUUUGCCUGUUUGUUGGUGAAGGCCGUGGACAAUUGGCGAACGGGUGAUUCAAAUUACGACAAGAAAAGGUACAAGAGACUGUCAAGCAGCUUAUGUCUUGUCCUCAUUGCAGUCGCCAUCAUCUUGAUGCAGGUCAUAAUUCCUGUCGAGUGGUUAUUAUUAGUUAAACCUUCGUCUGUCAACCUGUUAUCGGUAAAUCCAGGCGCAAACUCAGUCUUAUAUCAAGAGCAUGAUUUUUCCUGGUGCACUCCGGUCGGCUCAUAUGACUCCGGUCUGGCUCUCUCUUUCAUUUUCAUCAUCAUUCUCGAUUUGGUCACAAUCCUCUUCGGGGCUUUGGCCUGGGACAGCGAGAAGAAUUCUUUCGAAUCUCGAUGGAUUGUCAUUGCCUGCCUGUGCACCAGUGGCUGCUUUCUCGUCUGGAUGGUUGUAUCGACGUUGGCCAACCCGGUGUUUCGUGAUCCAGCCGUCGCCAUCGGCAACUUUGUAAAUGCUACAGCCCUGCUGAUAGUCAUCCCGUUCAGGAAAGUCAUUCUGUUAGUGAUGGCCAAGAGAAAUGAGAAAAUGUACCCAAAUGACAUGUCACACAUAGAUGACAUCUACCAUAAGCCAGCGAGUUACAUGGAGCCAGUAUAUUUCGAGAAAAAUAAUUGGAACAAUUCAGGAAUAUGA